AUCCAAGCACUACGUGCACACUUUCACUCUCCAUUCCCUGCACGAGACGCCACAGCUAAUCUCCAACCGCCUUGACAUCAUUCUCUCUCUCCUCAGGUUUGUCAUAUUCAUAUACAUACAUGCUCUGCAACGCUUAUCCAAAGACGUGUAUAUAUGUGUAUUCUUAUGUAUGUAUAUGUGUAUAAAUGUAGUUAUUGAAGUAUGUCAAUCGAAAACCCUACCUAGAACCAUUCACUUGUUCAAUUACUUUGUCGACUCUUUUUGAAUUGCAAACCCUUUUUUUACUUGCGAGAUUGCAAUCCAAACCCACAAUUCAAUCUUUGUCUUGUGUGGACUUAAAAUCAUUCGCUUGUUCAAUUACCCUUUUUUGAUUUGGAAACCCUUUUUUUAUUUAUUUAUUUAUUUUUAAAACUUCUGAUUACUAUCCAAACCCACAAUUCAAUCUUGGGUUGUAUGGUUUUAAAACCCUAGCUCGAACGUUUCACUUGUUCGGUUACCCUUUUUGAUUUGGAAACCCUUCAACUUCUGAUUACAAUCCAAACCCACAAUUCAAUCUUGUCUUUGUGUGGAUUCAAAACUUUAGCAAGAACCAUUCACUUGUUCAAUUACCCUUUCUGAUUACAAUCCAAUCCCACAAUUCAGUCUUGUAUUGUUCGAAUUUAAAACCCUAGCUGGAACCACGCACUUGUUCAAUUACCCUUUUUGAUUUGGAAACUCUUUAACUUCUGAUUGCGAUCCAAACCCACAAUUCAAUCUUUUGUAUUAUAUGGAUUUACAACUGGUGAAGAAGGGUUUUGAUUAUACCCAGAAAAGGAGGAAGUGGAUUCUUCUAUUGGCAGCUUUGGGUUUUACAGGUUAUGGGGUUUGUAAGGUUUAUCACUCGCCUUCCAUGGUUAAGAAGAGAAAAAAGUUGUUGAAGCUCUUGGGAGUCCUGAUUUCAGUUGCAGAAGCUGUGUCCGAUUCAGCUGAGGCAAUUGGGGUUGUCUCAAAAGAUCUAAAAGAGUUUGUGCAAUCAGAUUCGGACAAAAUCCCCAAUAGUUUGAGGCAAAUUUCUAAGAUUACCCUGUCAGAGGAGUUUUCAGAGUCUGUUGUUAGAGUUACAAGUGCUUUAACUGUUGGAAUUUUGAGAGGGUAUGGAUCAGAAUCAAGGAAGGAUGAUGGAAUGAGUGCCAAUUCAAGCUUUCUGGACCAGGUUUUGGAUAAGCUAUUUUCGACAUCUGGUUCUGGUUUCGCUUCUACUGUUGUUGGGAGCUUUGCUAGAAACAUGGUUGUGGCGUUCUAUUCUGAUGCAGAGCCUAGUUGGGGAUCAAAUGCGAAGAAUUCAACAAGUCUUGACCAUAAUGAUUCAGAAUUGAAUUCUGCCCCCAAGUGGGUAAAUGCCAUAUGUGAUGAAAAGUUCAGAGAGCUCAUCGGCGAUUGUAUCCAGCAGUUUGUGAGCACAGCGGUUGCUGUUUAUCUAGACAAGACGAUGAAUGUCAAUCCAUAUGAUGAAUUGUUUUCAGGGUUGACUAAUCCCAAGCACGAAAGGAAAAUGAAAGAUAUGCUGGGAUCAAUUUGUAAUGGUGGAUUAGAAACUCUUAUCAAAACAUCUAACCAAGUCUUGACAGGUGCUAAUUCGAAUUCAAGUUAUUCAUAUUCAGCUAUUGAUGAUUUUGACAGUCGGACUACUUUUAAUGAGGAGCUUCUUGGGCAAGAACCACCAUCAACUGAUCCAAAAGCAAGAAAAUCGUUUUAUGAAAAUGAAGACCAUGGUUGGGUGAAUAAGAUGUCUUCUACUCUGGCAGUACCGAGCAAUAGGAAGCUUGUUCUUGAUUUGUCCGGGAGGGUGACAUGCGAAACGGUUAGAUCUUUCCUGGAGUUUUUGCUGGAGAAACUGUGGGAUGGCAUGAGAAGUAGUCUUAAUGUUGUUCAUGAGAUAGUUGUAGACAGAGGUCUUGAAGUAGUAAGAUAUGUAAGAGCAAUAUCAUCUGCUAUUGUUUCUAUAUGUAUUUCUUUGUGUUUGCAUAUGUUUGGCGGUGACUGGAUUUUGGUGCCAGCUUAGGUGUUGAAUAUGUUCUCAUAUAGUAGGUGCUUGUCAUUGGACGAAAAAGUUUAUUUUUUGCGAGUCCAUGUUGAUCAGAUACAAUUAUAUGUGUAUUUUCUCUGUGUGGUUUGAUUCAAUAUUCAAAUUUCAGCAGAAAUAAGGAAGUUGAUUUUGUUGAUUCAAUCACUGUUGCUUCACCUCUCUGGAAAUUAAUCAGUUUCCUCCUCUUCUCUUUGGCUUAUACAAAUGUCUGUCAACUUCUUCCAACUUGUCUUGGUUCAACUAGAGCUCAAAAGCAGCGAGGGAUUGAUUUGAAAAUAGUAAAGCAAAAUAAUACAUUGAAUGUGCCAAUGUUCUAGAGAAUUGAUUGCCCUUGCCCAAUCAAGUGAAGUUGACCAAUGAUGCUUGAAGAAGUUGAAGCAUCAGGAAUCUUGUCGGUAUGUAGACAUGCUUGUGCUCGCCAAUGGUUCUGUUCACCUGUCUCUAGACUCUGUGGCUCAUAUGAAUAACCUGUUUGUGGUAUAUUUGAUUUCUUUCUCAUAUCAAGGUAUACACUUAAUAGUUUCAUAAAGCUCAUAUGUCAAGAUCUGCUUUCUUGUUGAUGUAUUCCUGCAAAUGCAUCUCAUCAUGGUUCUGUAGUAUAUGACUAAUCAUGAUUUAAUGUGUAAAACCAAGAUGAACUUUUCAAAUUUUGAAUGCCUAGUUUGGAAUGACAGACAGUUUGUUGCAGUCACUUGUUAGUUGUAUCACAAAUCUCUGACUAAGGUUUAAUCAGAUUAGCAAUUGUUAGCAAAUUCAUGUUGGGGGUGUGACAUGGCUCGUAGUUUUUAGGAUUUCAAAUUUCAGGGCAAGGACAAUCGUCAAACCUAGCCUUGUAACCUUAGAGACCCUAGAACUCUCAAUCAUUAUCUCUUCCCUCUCUCUCUCUCUCUCUCUCUCUGUCUUUGUGUCUCUACAUUUGGCGCUGCCUCUACCGCAUUGAAAGCGAAUGAAAGGAAUCCACAUCCCACUUUUCCUUUCCCCCGCCCUUCUUCUGAUUUCAUUGGAAGAAAUUAGAUUACUGUCUUUUUGAACUAAAAAAAGUUUGACCCCUAGUUUGAAAGACCCUUUCUUUUUCUAACUCAAGACAAGCCUGGGGGUCAGUUUAUCCUUCUCCCCUCCCCUUAAAACAAAUGAAGAAAGAGUUUUAGAAACGAAGAGAGAGAGCUCAUAGUUAUCGAUGACUUUCAUGAUUUUUGUGUAAAGUGUGCUUCGGGAAAUUUUGUUUUGGACUUGUUCCCAAUGUAGGGUUAUAGAAGAUUCCCAGAGAUGCCACCUUGUAUUUUUUGUCUAUUGGAAAAAUUAGGGACUCUUGUGUGUUCUGCUUCAUGUGUGAACAUGUCUGGGUGUGUGCAAUAAAAGUUCUAAAGGCAAGGCUUGUUCAAUCCUUUGCUUCUAUCUUAAUUUUGUGAAGGAGAGAUUAAGCGGACGCCUUUGUUCUCUUGUUUUCAUUGGUGUAUUGGCAUUUUGUUAAGGCUAUUGGAAAGGUAUUUUGUUAUGCUUCAACCAAUGUAAGUUUUGUUGAUUGAGUGAUAAAUACAUGAUGUUCUCAUUACGUAUGCCCUCGUAGGGAGUUCUGAUGCUUCUUCAUUAGUUAAUCUGGGUAACUGGAGAAUGAGGUUCAAGUUUCUUAAUUCACACAAGAAGAUUACAUGAGGUGUAAGAGUGCUGUGUAACGAGAUUCAUUUAAAAUAGUUGUUCUAACUUCUUUCUUUUUUUUAAAAAAAAAAUUUAUGUGAAAGCUUUGAUGUUUGGGUUUAUUAAAAUCAAAUUGGGAUAUUGUGGGAUAGGGGGAGCCAGAAGAAUGAAUGACCAAAGAAAACAAAUCAUAUAGGGGAGCCAGAAGAAUGAAUGACCAAAGAAAACAAAUCAUAUAACUUUCAAUUAUUACUUUGCACUUUAUUCCCAUUUUGUUGGUUCUAUUGGUGUUGGUGUAAUUGAUAAAUAAUUAUUGAACAUAUUCUUUUGUUGUAAAAUUUUCUAGAGAACUUUACUUAGUUGCAUUCACACUUAUUAGCUUCAUGAGAUGAUAGGUACCCAAAUGAAAACAAUGUUGGGGUCGAGUAAGGGGAGUCAAGAUUCACUGUGAGGGAGACGAUGUGGGUUGGACAUGACGCUUUACCUUAUUAGAAGGAAGGGAAGAUUCAAGUUUCUACUGGGCCAAGUUAGAGCUUUUGGGAUGCUUGCUGGAGGCACUAGCAUUACUCCAAUGCUGAGAAGGCAGCAUUUGAUGAGGCAGAGAAGAAGAGAGAGGAGGAGGUAUUAUUUUUUGUUCAUAAUUGAUCUAUUUAUGAACAGUGCCAGUUCUGACAGUUGUAAAUCUAUUGUCGAUGCACAGUUGGCAAGCUAGGACAGCCAUAUAAACAUUGCUCAAAACGGAAGACGCAAUAAGUUUGCCGUUGCAAAAAGUAUUUUCCACCCCCACAUUGCAUCCCCCAUUUGCCGUCGCAUGGGCUGUCGCAAAAAGAAUUUUGUGACUAUUUCUAUUUUUUGCAACGGCUUUUAGCUGUCGCAAAAAGUACUUUUUUAGUAGCGAGAAGUGUGGCCUAUCUGAAAUUGCAUUGAUAAAAAUAAUAACUUCAUUUAUUUUCAAAGAGCAGUUGAUUAUCCCAGUUAAGAUUCUAAUAUCAUUUUGUAUAGUGGGUUAUAUGCAUCCUUCAUUUGGAUAUGGCUUUAUGGAGGUGGAUGGUUAAACUGUUUUUGGAGGAAGAGGCUUAUCAAUGUAAUGUAGGCUUUUGUGAAAUAUUUUUGAUGUUGAUAGAGAUUGUAUCUGUAGCAGGGAUCUUUGUAUUUGGCUUGAAGAAUUAUGAAUAUUUAACCAUAGAGAUUUAUUCCUAAAAAAAACUACAGAGAUUUAAACAAUAUUUGAAUUAGAUACAGUUAAUAUUGUUGCAUGAUUUUGCAAGAAAAGGCAAUAAAGGGAUUUAAGUGUAAAUUGAAAAUUUCGAAAUCUGAAGCCCAUAAAAUGGGAUUUUUUAUCGCCUAUGACUUCUCUCUAGCUUUAUACCUCCCUAUCAUUAGUUGCACUUCACGUUCUUUCUCUACAAGAGUUACAACCAGAUGCUGAUAUGCACACUGCUUCUGUUUCUUAUUACCUUCGGCAUUUUGGUAACUUGAAAUACCCGUAGUCCGAAUAUUUUGCUGAAUUAUUGGGUUAUUGGACCUUCUCUCUCACACCUUUUAAACGAGUGAUGGGGGCUAUUUAACUUGCAAUCCCAGUCCACUCAAAUAUGAUUCUACCAC